AAAAUAAUGAUUUUCUUCGUUAAGCCGUUCCCCUUUAAAUCGCGCGGGUGAAGUUGAAGGUCAGCCCACAACAGGUGUAGAUGGAGAAUGCGGUUCCGGAAUUCGCUCGUCGUUUGUACAAAGAAUGGCGUGAUUUUACAGCUGAACCGGUCGAAGGAAUUCAGUUAAUUCUAAAUGAGCAAGAUAUGACGGAAGUUCAAGUUGUACUUGAUGGUCCUGUUGGUACCCCUUAUGAUGGUGGCAAAUUCCGUCUAAAAAUGUUGAUACCCCUUCAGUAUCCAAUUGAACCACCAAAGGCUUAUUUUUGCACGAAAAUAUUCCAUCCAAACAUAGCACCAAACACUGGAGAGGUUUGUGUAAACACACUGAAGAAAGAUUGGAAAUCCAAUUUAGGACUACGGCAUAUCCUUCUAACUAUAAGGUGUUUGUUGAUAGAACCGAAUCCAGAAUCAGCUCUUAAUGAGGAAGCUGGAAAGUUGCUUUUAGAAGAUUACAGUGAAUUUGUGACAGAAGCUCGGCUCCUCACAGAAGUACAUGCUUUUUGGCACGUUCGGGAACAAACGAAAAUCAGUAGUCAGAAGUCCCAUGAAGACAAGCAUGCAAGUGUCGAUAUGUCAGGUAAUUCGACUGAUACGCGUACACAUUCUAAAGUGGCACAACGCAAUAACUCGUCAUUUCGCAAAGCGCUCAAACGGUUGUAGUACCUAAGAGGGCAAUGUUGCCUGAUAGAUUUGUGAUGAAGGAUCUGUACCUUGUGCAUUUAUGUAAAUUACACUAAAUUAUAUGAUGAUUGCACUUUUGCUUGCUUUUAAUUGAUGCCAUCGAAUAUUUCGGUCGAUAAAAUAAGAUCAGUAGCUGAAUUUAUUACCACUUAAAUCAGCCUAGUAAAGACGAUAUGAUCUAAUUACAUCAAGCUACAUUUACCGAAUCCUAAUCGGAUAUCAAAAUUAUUGGACGUGCGUAACACCUAUCAAAUGUGUGAUAACUAGUACGACCAAACACGUGUUUUAGGAGCAAUUGACUUAUUUCCUCACCAGGCGUAGAGAAAGAGGCCUGUCAACCCAGAUGACUGACAACGUUCAUUGUGGUGGCGGUGUUAAAACGUGCGUCGGGCUGUAUGAUGUUUAAAAUUCAGAACUGUUCUGUUGUACGACAGAAAUUCAACAAAUAAAGAGCAUAUAGUUCUAUGCAUUUAACUAUCAGUGUUGCUGACGGGGCCAUAAAGUACACAAUGUCUACGAGAAACAUUGAGAGUUAUCGUGUUCAGUCAGUCACAACGUAGAACUU